AUGCCAGCUAGUGAAGCAUGGGAGAUUUAUGGCACGCUUGGGAUAUCAAAACUUCUUGUAGAAGAUGGAAGGGCCUUUGAGAAAAUUGAGGUCUUAGAAGGCGAUGGAAUGAAGCUGGGUCUUCAUCUGGGACCCUGUGAAUACAGUAAGAUUGCUCCCUCAAGGUGGUCAUGGGUGUGGUGUUUGCCACAACGUCUCCGAUGCCAAAGCUCACAUGGGUUUAUUGUGCACAAAGAGAAGUUCACAAAGCUUGACAAUGAGAAAUGCAUGAAAGAGCUAAAGGUGAUUGAAGGAGGAUAUCAUGAUUUAGGCUUUACUAUUUUUCGUGUUCACUUCGAAAUCAUAGAGAAGAACAAUGAUUCAUGCAUAAUCAAAAGUACAAUUGAGUAUGAUGUCAAGGAAGAGGCUGUUGCAAAUACCUCGUAUGCCAAUAAUGACCUAGUAGCAAAAAUUGCAGAAGUCGCCAAAAAUUAUCUCAUAAAAAACAAAGCUACUGAAAAUGCAGCUUGA